AUGAAGACUUUUCAGAGACUCCAUGAUGAGACUGCAAGGCUAGCUGACCUAAAAACAGAGCUAGAUUGCACAGAUGAAGUGGUGUCACAGUGGCUAUCUGAUGUAAAGGAAUGGGCAGCUGGUGACAGCAGCAAGUUUCAGCCAUCGCCUUCGAAGGAAGCUGGCAGAAGACAAAAACUCCUUCUUCAGGAGAUACAGAAAUACAAUGAUCUUGUACUAGAAUCGGCAACAACCAUUGAUGUAGCUGUGGUGGAGCAUUCCCUAACUGGAGAGAGUACUGUGUCUCAAAUAUGGCCGUGGGAGGUUCAUGGCAGUGCAAACAUGUCAAUCAAGAAACGAGUGCACGACCAAGUGAUGUUAACAAGGCGACUGCAUGAGGAAACAAGAGUUUUGGUGUUGGAGAUGGCACAACACUGCACAUGGUUGCAGAGCCUGGCAAUGGUUCUCAAGAACAAGUUGGCUGAGGAGGACGUAGACCAGGGAAAUGAGGGACUUUGCUGUCUCUUAAGAAGAAGACUGUCAGAGGUGUCAGAAAGGUUCCAAGUGGUCCUCCAACAGUACAAGACUGCCUUAGGUCCUGAGGCCUCUGUCCUUCUACAUGUAGAAGAGGAAGAUCAAAGUGGCCUCAGUAGUCCAGACACCAAUGGAAGCUACACGAAGGACUAUGUUGAAGGAAAUGGACUUGCCCUAUAUCUGUGUAUUAUUAGUAUGCUGAUUGAUUAACCACAUCAAAAUCUUGUUGAAAAUUCAAACUGUGUCUUUAGAUUUUCCAAGCAAUUUAGUAAGCACAUUGCACAGUUCGUUGAAAAUGCACAAACCUCUCAGUAUAGGUGCACCGAUCUUAUUCAAAAUUGUCAACUUUGCAUGUAUGAUAUUACCAGAUGUAGUUACUGGGCUCAUAUGAUAUUAGGGUAGUGAAUACUCUUUUAAGAGAGAAUUGUGGUGACCCUGUGACCUUUCCUUUUGCACCAUGCAAGGUUAGGCCAAACUUUUGACUUGCAUACAACAAAUGUUAUGAACCAAUGUCUGUAAUUUGCUGAGCAAUGAAUCAUGUCAUGUUGACCUUAUGACAUUCCCUGUAGCAAAAUCAUUAGACCAGAAUGUAAAAUUGAAUAUUGUCUAAUUGGGCAGAUUGCCAUGAAAUCUUGUAAGCACAUGAUGACUUUGGUGACCUCAUGACAAUUCCUCUAUCAUAACAUUUAGGCCUUAAUGUAAAAACUCAUUCUUGAUUGCAUUUCUCAAUAUUCACUUAUUCUGUGGUGCAGCAGCAGUGUCUGUGUCAGUCUAUGACAUUUUGUUUUUCCCCAGAGGAGGCUGCCUAUGGAUCACUACUUGAUUGAGUGUAUAUAACUGUUAUGUAACUUUAUAUUACUGCAAAGAUGCAUUAUAGUAUGUAACAGAAAAAUACACCGUUUUUUAUAUUACGAUUAUACUUUAUAUUGUAUAUUAUUACAGUUGACAGAUGACUUAAUUCUUUGUUCUGCUGGAGCUUUUUGCAAGUGAACUUAACCUCACAGUCCAAUGUUUUUAAAUACAGCCUUAUGGCUUGUUUGACAAAUAUGCAUUUGGUGUAUUUUCACUGGUAUUGUUGUGAAAGACAAGAAAUAAAGUAUUUCCAA